AUGGCCUUUGGUAAAGAUUCUUAUUGGACAAAUGGCGAAGAAGGGGCUGCCGUUGCCUGCUUUAUAUCUGGAAUAGCUGUUAUCCUUAUGGGAUACUCUGUUUAUUCUCACUUGAAAUCAAUACAGGAUAGACAUGUCCAAAUAAGACGACAUUCAAAUAGAUCAGAUACCAAACUCGAAGACUCCAUCAACUUGGAUUCUCUAGCGUAUCUGAUGCAAUCGCCUAAUGCCAAUAUUCAAAGCAGUGCAGCAAAGAUUAUACUUGAGAGAGCCAUGUCUGCAACUCAUCUACCAAAGAUUAUUGCAGCCUGUGCGGAUGAUCAACCGAUGGAUAUUCGAUCAAAGUCACUUUAUUCACUUCAAUUAUUGACAAGAAAAGAAGGAAAUAAGGCUGCUUUACUACAAGCCGGUGCUUUGAAUGUGCUAGUGGACGCAUUAAAGUGUACGGAUCCAGACAUGAAGGAAGUCACCCAGCGUUAUGUAGCAGUGGCUAUCUGUGAUCUAAUUCAAGGAAGCGAUAUCAAUAAAUACAAAAUACUCGAACUUGGAAUUUUGGAACCAAUCAAACGUAUACUCACAUCAAAGAGCAUUCGUAACAAUGAACUCAAAUAUUGGACACUCAUGAUCUUGUAUCAAAUAUCUCUUAGCGAUCCUCUUCCUCAUGUGCUGAUAGACAAUGGGUUCGUAAGUCUAUUAGCUAAAAUGGCUCGUUUGACAUAUGGUAACACAAACAUGCCUAAAUUCUGUAUGCAAAGUCUCGUCAGGAUCACAUCAAAUGUUGAUGUUGCAGAGGCCAAAAAGAUUCUACUCGAACUAUUGGAUUACAAUAUCAUCGAGCUUAUCUCCAUUUGCUUACGAGGUGAUGAUGUCGAACUCAUCUACUGGGCCGCGGGUCUGAUGCAUGAGUUUGUCAUCAAAGACGUGGUGGCUGAUAAGUUUAGGCAGAUCAAAGGUAUCCAUACCAUUCUAUCAGGUCUACUUUCUGCCGAAGAAAUGUACAUAUCCCGUGUUAUUUUGAGAACAAUAAAAUUCAUGGCGGCAGGUCAAGAUAAAUUUCUCCAAGACAUGGUUCGGUCAGGCAUGGUGAAGAAAAUUAUGCAUUGUCUGUCCUUGAACGAUGAAGAUGUCAAGCAGUGGGCUAUAUUGUGUAUUCAUGUCGUUGCUGGUCAAGUUGAAUCACAUCAAGAUAUUAUUACCGCUCCCGAAUUUGAGAUCUUGCUCGAACUGGCAACCUCAUCCAAGAUGAAAGUAGCUAUUUAUGUAUCCGACAUAAUAUCACUUAUCUGCUGUAUAACCAGCAAUGCAACUUGCUUAGAGCCACAUAUAAAAUCAUUAUUAAAAACACUGAAUACACUAUUAUUGGAAGGUGAGUCUGAUGUGCAAUAUAAUGCUGCGGGCGCUAUAUUCAAUAUUAUGACAACAAACACUCCCUUUGCCAAUAAGGUACGACAGAUCAAUUUCAAAAACAUCUUGUCUGUUGCUACAACAGCAACAAACGAACGUGUUCAGAUGAUUUGCACUAAAGGAGCUCUGAUGGUUGUCAUCAAAAAUCGAUAUAUGGUAUUUCAAAUCAAUAGCCAAGUGACUGAUCCUUUGAUUGAAACAGUCAACAGUAUAUCCAGAUUUAUCCUACCCAUCAUGAUCAGCCAAGCACUAGUACGAUCAACCAAAAACCAAGCAGUUGGUAGCAGAGCAAGCAGUAUCCAUGACGACGAAUUAGAUCCACCGUUGAUGCACACGGAUACGGACGACGAAGAUAUCACAAUGGUCCGUCAAGAAGAUUAUAUUGAUGUGACCGAGGAAGGUACGAUCUCGAAUGCGUCUCGUCUUGACCGUGUCUUGAAGGACCGCGAACGGGCAAAAAAGAAGGGGAGCCGAAACAGUCAUUCGAGCCACAAGGGAGGUAUAGGCGACAGUUCUCGUCUGUUCAACACGACUCUCUCUGUCAACGAACGCGACACGCUGUUCAAAAAGUUUGAGCUGCCAGCAGCGAUGCGUAACCAACUAGCAGGUGCCUUAACGUCCCUUAACAUCUUGCUUGAAAACGAUCAGGUGAUCGGCAGCACUAUCACGGGUAAGCGCAACAGCCAGAACAUGAUGGACAUGAUUGACGUGAUGCUUGAUUUUGACGAACUCGAAGGACGAGCGGCAUCGUAUAUUCGAACGAGUCGUAGUGGACGAUUGACCAACUUGAACACGCAUCCUUCAGAAGAUAACUUGAUGUUACCAGAUCAUAUCCGACAAUUGACAGAGAAUUUGGUUUAUCUCAUUACUUAUCCUGCCCUGCAAGACUGGGCGGAUAGCUGCUGUAGGAAUUAUCCGCUAAACACGAUUACAGAGACGAGAGCAAGUGAGUUGUAUAUGGACGCCUUGCAGUGGAUUUAUACAUUUAGCGAGUUUCCGCAAAAAUCAAGUUCCCGAGGAAAACAACUUUUGACUUUCAAGAAAAGCAAACAGCUACAACAACAGUCCAGUGAGGCAAGUGUCAAUAAGAAUAGUAGUAAUAGUAGUAGUAGUAGUAGCAGCUCAGAUGAGGAUGAAGAUGACAAUCAAUUAUUCUCUACCUCUUCCGAAAAAAAAUCAGAUAAGCAGGAUAUUGAAGCAACCACGUUUCAAAAAUCAACGUCUUCUUAUGGCUCCAAGCAUUACGCAGGCUUUUCUCGUCGCGCUCUUACAUUAUUACAGUCCUUGACACGUUAUGCAUCUGUGAGACAAUAUCUUAUUCACGAUAUGCAGUUCAUCAAAAUUCUUUUAUAUUUAUUAGAGGCAGAUAUUAAAUCUGCUGAUCGCACCAUAACCUGCCUUGGUGCUCUCUUUGCCAAUGAUCCUUGCCUCAUGAUAUCCGAACACCAAUUCCAGAUGCUGGCCAUCCUGGUAUGGCACAGCAUGAUAAACACCAGCAAAAAGGCAUUCCAGUUCUAUAGCCAACUUGUCCUGGCGUACUGCAGUCGUAUUAUCGCAUCCAAAAUGAACAAGGCACCGCCAUCGAGCAUGAUGAAUAAUCCUGUCUUUGUCGAGAUCGACCUUGUCUCACGAUCCAAAUUUUGCUUUGUCAGCUAUGAAUCAUACCUUCGCGUUCGCAAUGAUUCCUGGACAUUCGAGACCGUACGCGCGACUCAUUGUGUGCCUGCUAUGACGGCUGAUAUUCUGGAACAAGGCGAGGUUCACAAGUAUGCGUAUGAAGUCAUCUUGGAGUCUAGCGGAUUAAUGCAGAUCGGAUGGGUGAGCGAUCAUUUUGAGUUUGAUCCUGAAGGUGGUAAAGGUGUAGGCGAUGAUGUGCAUUCGUUUGGAUACGAUGGAUCGCGUGCGAAAAAGUGGCAUGGCAAGUACUCCAACAUGAGAACGACAUCUUAUGGUCUCAUAUGGAAGGAAGGAGAUGUUGUGACAUGUGCUAUUGAUAUGGACGAAGGCGAGAUACGGUAUUAUCUCAAUGGUACCGACAUGGGUGUUGCUUUCUUUGGUAUAUCUAUUAACCGUACUUGGUAUCCGGCCAUUUCUCUUGCAACAAACCAACAAUGCAAAUUUCAAUUCGGAGGUUCAAUCGAUCCAUUAAAUUAUCUGCCAGAAGGUUAUUCGCCUAUUGCCACACUAGCAGUUCAACCUGCCGCCACUAUGAAACUACCACCUCCACGUCGUGUUCCUAAAAUAGAACCAUUUGAAGAGACAGAUGUAGCUGAUUUGUCAAAGGCAAUGGAACAAAUGAGCGUUAGGUCGCCCGACUUGCAUAACAUUGGAAACAUCGAACCUAACCUCAAGCCGAUUGAUUACAUCGAGCAGACACAAGAAACCGUCGAAGGAUCAACUGAGUUUACAUUUUACUUUAUGAAGGCUGGAAAGCAUGAACAAAGCUUUUUGCCAUCGAUCUAUUACGAAGUCUCUGUCGCAUUUCCUAAAAGGGAUGACUCGUUUGAUGUGAUACCAUCAGAUAGGAGCACCAUCAUAUUCGGUUUACAAAGGCUUUUAUCAGACACAUUUAUCUAUUUCGAAUAUCAAACGAUCGAAAAGAGCUUGACGUUCGUGAUCGGUUCUGACCGAUCCGAAUCCUUUGAUUUCCAUGUACAAGAUGGAGACAAGAUUGGUGUGUUAUAUAUGAGCGAAACGAACGCAUUUGGCAUCACACAGAAUGGCAUGGUCAAGAUUAUUGUGUAUGUAGGCAGAAGCACACAGGUGGAACCUUAUUUGCCGUUUGUUACUGGUUCUGUCAAGAUGGAGAUGAAUCGCGGAGAGAACCCGUUUAGGUGGGACUGUGCUAACCAUGCAUCAAGCAGGCAACACAUGUCAAACUAUUUGUAUCGCCUGAUGGGAAAAAUAUCCAAAUUCUGA